GCUUGAAUCACACUUGACUUGGACCAGAGUAGACUUGAAGAAUAUUAAGUUCUUCACCGUUUAAACUUUAAUCCCUUUCCGUCUCUAUCUCUCUCCAUGUGAUCUGAUACUGCAGCAAUUACUGCACUCGUUUCCCACUCUCUGCGAUCGUAAAUGCCAUCCAAUUUUCUAAUUCAGAGACGCGCAUUCAUCACACCAAGGGUUUUCCAGUGAUGCCGCUGCUCUCUAAACGGAGGUGCCGCACUCUUCUCUUCCUCAGGCGCCUGCUAACAUGCGCCAUAGCCGCUAUCACCCUUAUGGCGCUCCUUUCCUCCGUACACGUCCAUGAAGUUCCCAACUUACCUUCCGAUGCAUCCUACAAGCUUCCUGCGCAGCACGAAACCGGGCACCAAAAGCUGAGCCGAGAGCGAAGCUGGAUGAAGGAAUUUACUCGGCCGCAGAUGUUGAAGGCUCCUGUCACUGCUCACAAGUUGGGUGGCGGCGCGAAUACAAGUUUGAAUUUGGACAAGUUGUGGAAGCAACCACCUAAUAGAGACUAUGUACCUUGCAUUAAACCAAGUUCAUCUUAUAAAUCUCCUCCAGAAUCUCGUGGUUACCUACUUGUACAUGCAAAUGGUGGUCUUAAUCAAAUGAGAGCAGGGAUAUGUGAUAUGGUUGCUAUUGCACGUCUGAUAAAUGCUACGCUUGUGAUUCCUGAGCUAGACAAACGCUCAUUUUGGCAAGAUUCUAGCAACUUCUCUGAUGUCUUUGACGAAUCCCAUUUUAUCAAUUCUUUAGCUGGUGAUGUAACAAUUAUAAAAAAGCUUCCCAAGGAAUUGGCAAAUGCCACUAAGGCAGUAAAGCAUUUCAGAAGUUGGUCUGGGGUAGAUUAUUAUGAACAAGAGAUAGCAAGCAUGUGGGAAGAGUAUAAGGUGAUCCGAGCAGCAAAAUCUGAUUCUCGGUUGGCAAACAAUAACCUGCCUCCUGACAUUCAGAAAUUACGAUGUCGUGCAUGCUAUGAAGCCCUUCGCUUUGCUCCUCAAAUUGAAAGUAUGGGGAAGUUGUUGGUAGAGCGAAUGAGGUCAUAUGGUCAUUACAUUGCUUUGCAUUUACGGUUUGAAAAGGACAUGCUUGCCUUCAGUGGCUGUACCCAUGAUCUAUCCCCAGAAGAGGCCGAGGAGCUAAAGACUAUUAGGGAGAAUAUGACUUGGUGGAAGAUAAAAGAUAUUGAUCCAGUAGAACAGAGAACCAAAGGGUAUUGUCCUCUUACUCCUAAAGAGGUCGGAUUAUUUCUUAGUACUCUUGGUUUCCCAUCAAGUACCCCAGUAUAUGUUGCGGCGGGAGAAAUAUAUGGAGGUGAAUCUCGUAUGGCUGAUCUGAAGAUUAGGUAUCCUAUAAUAAUGAACAAGGAAAAGUUAGCAUCAGUGGAGGAAUUAGAGCCGUUCAACUACCAUGCAUCACAGAUGGCUGCACUUGACUAUAUCGUCUCAGUUGAAAGUGAUAUCUUCAUCCCGACGUAUUCUGGCAAUAUGGCAAAGGCAGUUGAGGGCCAUCGUCGAUUUCUAGGUCACAGAAAAACAAUUUCUCCAGACAGGAAAGCACUUGUUCGACUGUUUGACAAAAUUAAUGGGGGAACGAUGAAAGAAGGCAAAAAUUUGUCAAAUAGAGUUGUUGAUAUUCACAGGGGGAGGCAAGGAUCUCCAAGGAAGAGAAAGGGCCCACUAACCGGAACAAAGGGAACGGAUAGGUUUCGUUCUGAGGAGGCGUUCUAUGUGAACCCUCUACCAGAUUGUUUAUGUUUCUCUCCUCAUUUAACCAAAGCACGUGUAAGGUGGUUCCGGUCGUGCAUAUUCCGGCAUGUGGCGGGGAAAAGGUGUCGAUGGUGCUUCUUUACAGUUAGGUUAAGAAAUCAAGUUGUUGUAGAUAUUGAGGUAGAUUAGUAGUUAUUCAUAUUGAUGCUAGGGAUAUUUUGUUUGAACUUUAGAAUUUUAUUUUUCAAAGUUCAGAAUGAGUAUUUAAACUUUUGCCUCGA